CGGAAAGCCGACCCGGCCACCGAACUGCUGGGCCUCGCGGUCCACCGUCUGAACAGUGCCAGCUGACUCCCUCCGGUCCCGAUCUCCGGCGUGGGGGCCCCAGAAGUGCGCCCCAGCCCCGGGAGGGCACCCCGGCCCGAUCAGUGCGCAGGCGCACACGGUGCUGCUCGCCAUCGCGGUCUUUGUUUGCUGGCCAACUUCCUUGCGCAUCCCUAGGAGCCGCCCUUUCCUUAUCCGUUAAAACUUCUGCCAGUCCUAAAGGCUCAGCCUGAAUUCUGGAAUGUUGCUUUGAUCCUCAACAGUAACUUCCAAGUCCCUUGCCACUAUUUAGAAGUUUAAGGCUGCCAGUUCAAAGAAGAGCAAUGGAUGAUUGAGGAAAAAAUGUAAAGAAGGUGCUCUUCAGAAGAGGCCUGGGAAAUUUAUAAAGACACAACUUGAAAGACUUGUGAAUUAAGUCUCAUCCUUCUCCAUGAAAAUACAGCUAAAGAAAAACUCAGAAAACCUAGGAAACAGAAAAGCAUUUCCUCUGAUCACAGACACUGAUUUUUAAGACUACACCUAUACGUAUGAGACUUAAUUUAACAGUUUGGAAAAUAGUUUAUACUUAAAUAUGAGAGAAGCUAAGAAAGAACCAUUAAGAGUAUAAUGAGAAUGCUGUAUUUCAUCAUGUUUUGUAAUCAUCUCAUCUCAGGAUAAUCUAUGUGAAAAAUUUUCAUCAAAUUUAACUUCAUUAGAUACCUGAGAAUUGAUAGUGGAGAGAAACUAUGUAAAUUUAGUGAAUGUGGAAAGGCUUUUAUUUAUGUCACAUGUUAAGAGAUACUCAAGAAGUCUUAUUGGGGAAAAUACCUGCUUGAUAAGAAUGUUGGAAAGCCUUCAGACUGAGUCAGAUCUCCUUCAGCAUGAUCAAAUUGGUACUAGAGAGAAAUGUGAUGAAUGUAACGAAUGUGGAAAAACCUUUAGCCUGAAGCAAAACCUCAUAGAGCAUAAGCAAAUGCAUCCUGGAGAGAAAUCACAUGAAUGUACUGAAUGUGGUAAAGUAUUCUCUCGAGUCUCAUCCCUUACUCUACAUUUGAGAAGUCAUACAGGAAAUAAACCAUAUAAAUGUAGUAAGUGUGGAAAAGCCUUCAGCCAGAAGGGAAACUUCCUUUCUCAUCAAAAACAUCAUCCUGAAGAAAAACCGUAUGAAUGUGGGAGAGCUUCUAUUCAGAUGCCAUGCCUUAUAAAACACCAGAGAAGUCACACUGGAAACAAACCGUACGUAUGUAAAGAAUGUGGGAAAGGCUUCAAUGGCAAAUCAUAUCUCACUGAGCAUAAGAAGAUUCAUACAGGAGAGAAACCGUUUGAAUGUAAUCAAUGCGGAAGAGCCUUCAGCCAGAAGCAAUACCUCAUUAAACAUCAGAAUAUUCAUAGCGGAAAGAAACCCUUUAAAUGUAAUGAGUGUGGAAAAGCCUUUAGCCAGAAGGAAAACCUUAUUAUCCAUCAAAGAAUACAUACUGGAGAGAAACCUUAUGAGUGUAAAGGGUGUGGGAAAGCUUUUAUUCAGAAAUCAAGCCUCAUUAGACAUCAGAGAAGUCAUACAGGAGAGAAACCCUAUAUAUGUAAGGAAUGUGGAAAAGCCUUUAGUGGCAAGUCAAAUCUCACUGAGCAUGAGAAAAUUCAUAUUGGAGAGAAACCCUAUAAAUGUAAUGAAUGUGGAACAAUCUUUAGGCAGAAACAAUACCUCAUUAAACAUCACAAUAUUCAUACAGGAGAGAAACCCUAUGAAUGUAAUAAAUGCGGAAAAGCCUUUUCUCGAAUCACAUCGCUUAUCGUACAUGUGAGAAUUCAUACAGGUGAUAAACCUUAUGAAUGUAAAAUAUGCGGGAAAGCCUUCUGUCAAAGCUCUUCUCUUACUGUGCAUAUGAGAAGCCAUACGGGUGAGAAGCCGUAUGGUUGUAACGAAUGUGGGAAAGCUUUCUCUCAGUUCUCAACUCUUGCUCUACAUAUGAGAAUUCAUACUGGAGAAAAGCCUUAUCAGUGUAGUGAAUGUGGGAAAGCUUUCAGCCAGAAGUCACAUCACAUUAGACACCAGAGAAUUCACACUCAUUAAAGCUCUACAAAUGCUCUCAAUUUAGGGAAGCCUUCAACGGAAUUCACACUUAAUACCAUUUCAUAAAAUUCGUUUUAUAUAAAGUGACAUGAAUGUGGAAAAUCCUUUAGCAACAACUCAAAACACUGAGAUUUACACCCUUAGGAUCCCCAUGACAAAUAUUGUUAAUGCUGUUUUGGAAGUAUUUCCAUUGAAGUAGGGAUCCAGUCGUGGACACUAAUCGACAUGAUUCUGGAAGGCCUGCGUGAUGCAUUAAGAUAAAGAUUUGUAACUAAGGAAAUUGUCAUUUUUUUUUGUUAUAUGUUUUGCUAUAUGCAUAAUCAAUUAUUGGCUCUUGAUUCAGUCAUUAAAAAGAGAUUGUAACAAUAUUG